AUGAGUAAGGAUAGUCUGCCUAUGUUCAAGUUUAUUGUAGUUGGAGAUCAAUCUGUUGGCAAGAGUAGCUUUGUUAAAUAAUAUUCCGAAAGCUAAUUUGUAGAGGGAGCGAGUAGAGCAACAAUUGGAGUGGAAUUUAUUAAGAAAUUGGUAGUUGUUGAUAAACGCAGAGUGGAGCUCUAAAUAUGGGAUACUGCAGGAUAAGAAUAAUUUAGAAGCAUGAUUAAGAGUUUUUAUCGCGGAGCUGCAGCUGUCUUUGUGUUAUAUAGUAUCAAUUAAAGAGAUUCCUUUGAGAAGCUGUAAGACUGGUUAACUGAAUUGCAUGAAAGUGCUCAUGAAGAAAUUGUCAAAAUUCUUGUAGGAAAUAAAUCAGAUAUGGAACGUAGUGUUCAAAAACAAGAAGCUGAAAAAUUCAUGAAUGCAAACAAUUUUAGUUUGUUUUUUGAAACUUCUGCAAAGACUGGGGAAAAUGUAGAAAAAGCCUUUGUGGAGGCAGUAAAAUUAGUGAUCAUGAGGAUGUUUACUAGUGAAUCAUUUAAAAACUCAAUUAAAACUACCAAGAAAACACCAGCAAGUUCGAAAUAGAAUACAAGCAGAAGUGAUUAACCAAUUACAGAAGUGCCAUCAUUCACCUCAAAACCAAUUCAAUUGUAAUCCGAUCACACUUAAGAAAAUAAGCAUGCAAAGAAGCAAUGUUGUUGA